AUGCGUCCUGGUUUAAAGCGGUUGUCAACUCUAUUGAGCUUGGUGUUCGGCAUCCUGCUGGGUGCCGAGGCUGGCCGAGCGGGCGAGAAAACCAACCGACAGGUCUAUGCGUUUCUGCCCUCUUCAGCGGUUGAUCGAGUCUUCUCCACGUCGUUCGGCAACGGAAGUAGACCUUCUGUCCUUGGACAAACUCGCCUUUGGCAGCGUGAUGAAUCAACUUCCGGUCUGGAUCAUCUAGAUCCCAAUAAAUUGGUCUUGAGAGGUGGAGGCAUGACUCAUCUCUCUGGCAUGAAUCUGUCGCAGGUUGCGGCUAGCCAACCAGCCCGCAGUUUGUGGAGGCGAGCCCCUUUGAGCGUUUCAUCGGCAGAUGCGAUUCCCACUGUAGAAGUGGAAGAUGGGAAUGCCACUCUGUCUGGUGGUGAGGCCAAAAACUGCCCUGCGCGAUGCGUGUGCCGUCAGAAGGAGGUGGAGUGCAGACAAAGUAAUCUAAUAGAGGUGCCUGACAACCUGGCGCUGGAUACCGAAAAGCUGUAA